AGAGAUUGCACACAAGUGAAAGCCCUACAAAUGCGGCCAGAAAUGAACAUGCUGAGCAUAUGGAUUCAAAAGAUCAAAGAAAAAAUAUCACUAGCAACAUUUUACCAAAGGAUGUAUUGGUUGGUAUACUGAAGGAGAAUUUUGUCGAACUGAGUGGAGCUGCAAUAAACCAAACUGAAGUGUUUGAUAUUUUACAUUUGGACAAAUCUAAAAAGAUAUUGGCAACAAAUGCCAUGAAAGAAGCGUUUUCUGGUGUCUUAGUUUCACGUAAAAGAAAAGACAAUAUCACACUUUACAAGAAUGUUGCACGAAAAAGCUCACUCAAUCUUAAUCCACCAUCAUUAUCCUUGCAAGAAUCGUCUGAGAUAAAAAAUAUCAAGGAAGUCAUUGCAAGUGUUUCUGCUGAGUUGGAAUUAGUAAAUCAGCAUUUAGAAAAAGAGCUGUCUGAUGAUAACAUCAACAGAGAUGCUGUCCGUACAUUGGUUGAUAUGCUGUUUGUAAGAAUUCAGGAACUUUCAAAUAUCCGAGAAAAUGUGUAUGAGAAGGAAAUCCAGCAAUUACUUCAACAUCAAAAGGAAUGUGAAAGACUUUGUGCAAAUGACAAGAAGAAACUUAAUGAGGAAAUGCAAACAUUCAUUGGUUUCUUAAAUAUUGGACUUGAAACCAGUUUAGAUCAGAUUAAUUUUGAUUCUAUUUUUAACGAUCUGCCAUCAAAUGUAAGAGAAAGAUGCCCGAUUCUUUAUGAUGUGUUGGAUACAUUGUUUUUGAACAAAAGUAGUGCAAGAAAUGUUUCAGAAAUAAGGUAUCUCCAUCCAAACAUUUCAAGGUAGUUCACAAGCAGUUCAGAAUAAGCAAAUGCGAGUUAUCCUGGCGACACUUUAUGUUGAUGUGUUACAUACUUUGUCCACUGUUUUUGCUGGCGUUUUUAAUGUUUUUGCGUCUAGCUGUCCGUGCAUAAAAUGUCCAUUUUAUAUAAACCAUACAUUAAAGCGAACGCCGGUAUACGAUGAGUAAACAUUCGCAUUUCCAGAAAUACGCAAUACAUGUCUUCCUUUCCCGUCUUUUAUCCAUCUUUUACAGAUACAAUGGACUGUAUACGCUCACGUUGUCACCCACAUAUUUAAAUAGUCGCACUCACUUGUCCAAGUUAUAGGAAGUUACAUGUGCGAUAGACACUCAUACAACCUUUUUUGUAGGAAGGUUGAGAAAAUAUUAACAGCAAGUUGUUUAAGAAGCAAUAUUUAACAGAAAUCUAUUCGAAAAUACAAUAAUGAAUAAGUAUUUUUACAUUUUAUUAACAUUUAUUAUAUUCUACGCAAAAUCAUCCGCCAUGUUGUUUGCGUUAGUUGGCAGAGGCUUGGGAAAUUUCCCUCCUCCCAUCAUACCCCGCGCGCUAAAAAUUGUUGAGAUACUUCAUGUAAUAGUAAACCUUUCAUGUAAUAGUAAACCUAAGCCUCUGCGGAGGAGAGAGGUCUAGAUGGAUGUUUUCAUCAAAAUGUGGCGACUGGCGAUCUAUACUUGGUCAUAAUCCUGGUAUUAAAUAAUGGUAAUAAUAUUAGACAAUAUAUUAGACCAAGUAGACUCGCGUACACGCGCGA